AUGGUUAAACUUUUUUCCCAAGACAUCUUAUUUACUCCUGAGUUAAAUAGUUCAAGUAUUUUUAAGAAAUUGCUCCAAAAUAUGUUAAAGAAAGGGAAUAAAAAAAAAGCACAACGUCUUCUUUUUGCAGUUAUUUUUUUAGUCCAACAGAUGUACCCAACAAUCCCGAAAGAUCAAAUUUUUGUGCAAGCCAUCCAAAACAUCCAACCUAGUUUUGAAUUUAAAAAAGCUCGAGUUGGUGGAAUGAGUCAAUUUAUUCCAGGGGCAAAAAAACCUGAAAAACAAGAAAACUUAGCUAUUCGUUGGAUUUUAGCUCUUGCCAAAGAAAAACAGAGAAAAACAAAAAUUGUCAAAAACAAACAAUAUGGAUUUGAGUACUUUUUAGCCCAAGAAAUUCUUCUCGCUUUUAAAAAUGAGAGUGACCUUAGAAAUAAAAAGCUCGAAAUGCAUAAAUUAGCAGAAACAAAUAAAGCCCUAGCCUACCAACGUUGGUGGUAA